GUCAUGGCGUCGAGAAAGAGGUGUAGAAGUGAGACUGCGUGUCAGAGCGCUUUCUGUAGUGUUUGUAAUGUUAGAAUAUCGUCAGAAUCUCAGUGGUCGCUGCAUACGAAGGGCAAGAAGCAUCAACGAAAUCUGACCACAAAGCAGGCACAAUCAGAAGAAGCAAAGCUAAGCGUAUUCGUUCGAAACUUUCCAAGAGACAAAACGACUGAAACGGAUCUCAGAUCAACGUUUGAGACAUUCGGUGCCGUGAACAAGGUCAUUCUGAAGGACAAGGAAAUGUUUGCGUUGGUCGAGUUUCGAUCAGCUGAAACGGCUUUGGCUGUUUUGCAACACACUGAGCCGAUUAUUGUGAAUGGUGCACGAUUGUUGGUCAAACCACGUACAGUGAAAGAGGUUCAUGUUGCUUCUCAGUUGGUACCUGGAAGUGCGCAGCAAGUAUCGUCAAAUAAACGGGUGAAGGUGGAGAAGAGGAUGGCGGCGUGUCAGUUUGAUGUGGAUGCUUAUAAUGAUGUACUUGAAGAGAUGUCUAGUGCACAGUCUAUUGAUCAGCAAGCCAUUGUACUUGUAUCUGGCACACGGUUGACACCAGAAGAAGUCGAGAAGAGAUACCAUGUUUGCUCGUCUCUGCAAUCUCUACUUCGGUCUGAUUUUCCCAACUGCAUUCUAUUGCCCUAUGGGUCAUCUGUCAGUGGCCUAGCAUUGCAGCAAGCCGAUCUAGAUAUCUGUCUGCUGACUGACGUUUUACCAGUGGAUUUGACUGCUGCUUAUAGCGAGGGAGUGGAUGCGAAUGCAAGAAAAGAAGAGAAAAAAUGUGAAUUUGUUGCCGGUGAUGCUUCGGAUGUGUUGCAAACAGUUGCUCGGUGUUUGCGUCGGGCUGUCACUCACUGCGAAAGAGUGAGGGUUAUAACUGGUACGAAGUGUCCCAUUGUGCAGUUUAGGUCAGUGGAUUUGGCAAUUUCCUGUGAUUUAUCACUCGGAAACAGAUUGGCUCUCCAGAAUACUCAACUUCUAUUGGCCUACAUCAACUCAAACCCGUCGAUCCUCCCAUUCAUAUUCUCGCUUCGAUGUUGGGCGAUGGCCAAACAGCUCGUCAGUAGCCAUCAUCCCAACAUGCUGUGUAACUACGCUUUCACACUGAUGGCAAUACACUACUUGAUACAAGACAAGAUCUGCCCAUGCCUCAGUGAAUUGCCAUGCGAUGAGAUUGAAAUCAACGGUUGGGAUUGCAAGUUCUCUGUAUCAUUGAUUCGAGAAGAAAAGUUAAGCAUCGAGAAGUUGUUGAAAGGGUUUUUUGCUUACUUUGUGUCAAGAUUUGACUACAAGGGUUAUGCAUGCUGUGUACACACAUCUGCUGUUGUCGAUAAGCACAGUGUGUGUGCUGACGACCUUCAGCUGUGUGUUCAAGACCCUUUCGAACGCAGUCACAUCUUGUCACAGCAUGUCACUAGACAAAGUCUAGAUCGUUUUGUUGCUGAAUGUGAGGCAGCACUCUGUGUGUUGACGGAUUACUGCAAGCCGGUGUGCGAUGCAGGAAAAGGCAAUGAGGGAAAGUGGGGCUUGACGUUCUUGCUGCAACGUUGGAAUCAUAGAACACACCUCGUGUCUCUGUCAUCAAAAUCUGUAUUCAAUUUAUUGAAAAAUGUGGAAGCAGACAAGUCACACGUGGCUGAAAUUAUAUCGGAACUCACUGCAGUGUCUCAUCUCCACGGUCUCUUGUUUGCAAUCGGUAUCAUGUUGAGUGUUGAUUUGACUGCUUGUGUUGGUCCGAUUGGCGGCGAGUUGGUGUUAUGCGAUAGUCAGAUGCUGAAGGAAUUGAUACGCAAUCAGGAAGCUCAAGAGAGAAAAAUCAUAAACAAGAAACGAGUCUGUCUUGCUCUUGACUGUCUUAUGAAUGAAAGACGAUGGAUGAAGCGACGCCAACAGAGACGUUUGCUUGAAAGAGGAGAGGACCACAGUGGCAUCGAUGAUCACGUGCAGUCGCCACUAUUGAAGAUGAGGGUUUAUGUGUCUGAAUAUCGACCGUCAGACGAUCUGAGUGCAUAUGACGUCCAUUUUGAGCCAACGUACUUGAUUCAUGUCGAGGAUUUCUCGACUUUCUUUGCCUUUUUUAAGAAAACUCUCCUCUCUCUUGCUCGACUUGAACAAACUGAGAACGACGAAGAUGGCUGACGAGGUUGUAUACAAUUACUGAAAUAAGUCACUUUUGUGGAUUAUUUUAUUACUGGCUUGAAGUGCUCAUCUAUACACUAGACAUCACUAUCGCAAGUCCUCUCAAUGUUUGCCACUAAAUACUCGUGGAAAGUGGUAGCCUCGCGUAGCCAGACCUCUUUCUUUUGUAAUAGCGAGAUGGGAAUGGUCUGGCCACGCGAGACUAGGGAUGCGCUAACUGAAUUUGGCAAACGGCGUCGAUGUUUCACUUGUACACGUGUGUUGUGGUUUUCCUACAAUAAGUGUAAUAUCUUACUAUUUUUGCCAAGCUAACAAUGCAAAUAAUUUAAUUAGUGCCCGCUUUUUUUAAUCCGGGUACUUUGG